UGUGCUAAAUUCAAAAUGGAGGUUCUGUCUUGGUCCGGUGAUUGGAAUCUCCCCUCUGUGGACGUCCGCUGUUUGGAGGUUUUGGCCUACGCUAAAUUUGCUGAAUGCCCGUUAAAUGUCAAUCGAUGUAACAACCCUUGGAAAUCUUCCAUAGGAGAAUUUCCGGUUUUGAAAUCUGGUGAAGAUGUACUCAUCACGUCUAGCAAGAUCAUGGAUUACUUGAGAGGAAAAAACUUCAAUGCCGAUUAUCAACUGACGGCAAAGCAGGGAGCAGACACUCUUGCAUUUGUUUCACUGGUCCAUAGCAAAUUGUACCCAGCAAUUUUAUUUACAUUAUGGGUGGAUAAAACAAAUUACAUUAAAUUAACUCGUCCAUGGUAUGCACAAAGAUUACCUUUUCCACUGAACUAUUUUAUCCCUGGACACAUCUCAAGACAAACAAGGAGGCACCUGUCAAAUGAAAUGCACUCAGAGGUGACAGAUGAUGCACUGGAAAAUAAGCUUUUCAAAGAUGCUUUGGAAUGUCUAAAACUGUUAUCCACAAUGCUGGAUGGAAAGGAGUUUUUUUUUGGUGACAGUCCAACCACCCUUGAUGCUGUGGUAUUUGCUCAUCUUGCAGUGAUCUGGAAAGCCCCAUUACCAAAUAAAAAACUGUAUAACUAUCUACAAGGAUACGACAACUUGUGUACGUUCUGUGGACGAAUAUUACAGCGCUACUUCCCGGGAGAAGUAAAUGAACAACAACAACCGUCUUCAUCGCCAUACGGUCAGGAUGACUCGGACUCAUCUGAACGGCGUAAUAAAUGGUUGGCCAUUGGUUUUGCUACACUGGUCAUGACACUGUACGCAUUGUCCACUGGUCUGAUUAGGGUAGAAAUCAAAAGAGAGGGAGAUGUGGAGGAAUCAAACUCAGAGCAAGAAAGCAGUGAAUGAAACACUGCAGUGUGAACUGAAUAAUGCUUAGGUUGUUAGAUAAGACGCACCAGGAAAAAAGACAAGGGGAGUUUAAAGGGAUCACUACACAAGUGUUCUUCUAGCAUCAGGAAGGAUGGCAGGUUGUAAAAUUAACAAUAAAUUUAAACUUUUUCUUGACAGCGAAAGUGGUCGUUCGUGCCCUUACGCCCCCCCUAGCAACGUCCCAAACGGUACGAAUUUCCAUUGCUUUGCCAACAUUUUCGGUUAUUUCGCCCUAUAAACGGUCAAGCUUUGUUAUUUUUGUUGAAGGCAUGUAAUUGGCCACUGACAGCUUGGAAAUCCUUCCAUCAUUGAUUAACUGAAACAUAAAUGACCACGUAACUUACAAAUUGUAGAAUUUUCCUUGAACUAAAAGUAUGAUGAUCUGUAACACUUCCGUUUUAUGAUUAUUAGGGACCUCUAGCAAACCACGACGGCGACUGAAACAAGGACGUGACAAAACAAAAGAUCUAAAGAGCAGAACAAUAGCUCAGCACGUGCGUUUUAAAACUGUGUACAUUUCUUAGCCGUCCUCUGCAAAAUAACAACGUGAAAUCAUCAAAAUUUGCGUGGUCCGAGAAAGGAAACCCCGACGGCAGAUUAUUUAAGUUUCCAUUUGAAACUCAACGCUGCUCUUAUACGUUAUGCUGAGGUUAACUUGCGGCGCCAUAAGAGAUGGUAAGCACAUCCAGUCACUCGCGAAAUUCCAACUGAAAAUAUGUGUUAAUUUUUAAAUUGACGUCCUCCUUGGCGUUGUUGUCAUAACUGCUAAAGGUCUCUAUUUUUAGCUGGGGGCAACGGUUUGAUAUUAUUCAUAACUUCAUGUUAAGUAAAUGCAAACAUUGCCUUGUCUGCUAUUUUGUCAGAAACGCUGUUAUUUGGUAUUUUGAUCAUAAAAAAUGUCACGCAGCAAACAUGUCAUUGACUUCCUUUCGAUAAAACUAAGUAUUUCAAUAAAACGCUCGGCACCUCUAGAA